CUCUCGCAUUGCAUGUUGAGAGAUCGGCCGAGCAACAUCGCAUCCGCGUCUCUCCGCCUCUGAACGCCGGUGUUGUUGUGACUGAAGACGGUGUGCUUCAUUUUUUUACCCCGUGUCCACGGAUUUGUGUCCUUGAAAAUCGAGUGCGGUUCAAUCCCGAUUGAUUCUCGCCCAGUGAAUUUUUUAUCGUGUCCAGGCAAGAUUUGUGCGUCUAUCUGUCCGAACGGAUAUAACCUGCCAGCCAUCAUUACUCGAGGUCCUACGACACGUGAGAAUGUCUCGAGAGGCGCCCCACUAGAGCAGCAGGAAAUGCAGACAACGGGUCCCCUCCGGGUCCGCCGGACAACUGUGAUACACCCAGCGAGGAAGAUGGCCCUCGUUUUCAAGACUUGCAUCGUCUACAGCAUCCUAGUCCUUUCGGCGCGUCCGACCGUAGCUGAUGAAGUGGUCCUGAUGGACUCGACCAAAAUGUCGCCUCCGCUGGAUUGGGACACCUACUCCUACAGCACACCAACCACUCAGGGGUGGUUGCAGGAGACCUACAACAAUUUCCAAAGGGAUAUCACGUGGCAGUCGUUCAGCGUCUGUGACGUGGCUUUUGACAACGUCAACAACUUUUUGGUGACGCCCUUCAUCCAGCGCGGCACCGCAAAUCGACUCUAUGUGGAGAUUAAAUUUUCCAUCCGCGACUGUAAGGGCUUUCCGAACAGGGCUCGUUCGUGCAAGGAGACCUUCAGUCUGUUGUACUACGAAUUUGACGUGGCCGCUAGCAAGCCUCAGCCAAGCCUAGAUGACUACAAGAUGGUCGGCAAAAUUGCUGCCAGGGAAGGCAACAGCCACGGCACCGACGCCAUCAUCAACACUGAAAUCAGGUCCAUCCCUGUUUCCAAGAACGGCGUCUACUUCGCCUUCAGAGACCAGGGUGGCUGCAUCUCCCUUCUUGCAUUCAAGGUCUACUACCACACCUGUCCGGAGGUUUCCGUCAACUUUGCCAAAUUCCCUGCAACCCCCACAAGUCGCGAGGCCACGCAGGUUGAGCAAGCCAAGGGUGUGUGCGUGGCCAACUCGCAGUUCAUCGACCUCAACUCGGCUGCAUCUGGCAAUUCAAUGAGCAACACGACCGCCGCUGCCACAGGACCUACCUAUCUGUGCACAGGUGACGGAAAAUGGUUCCUGGCCACCGGAUUCUGCAAGUGCAAAGCUGGCUUCGAACCCGACUUCCAACAGCAAAAGUGCAUUGCUUGUCAACCCGGCACGUACAAAGCAGACACCGACAAAGUGAGUUGCUCACCGUGUCCGGAACACAGCACGGCCAACAAGGAGGGACAGAGGGAGUGCAAGUGCAACCCUGGCUAUCACAGAUUGCCCAACGACCCCAAGUCUAUGCCAUGCACCCAACCACCAACGGCGCCGCAGAACCUGACAGUAAUAUUCGUGGAUCAGUCAACCGUCAGCCUGGCCUGGGAGCCGCCGUUUUUCCUAGGUGGACGCGGCGACACUGUGUACCGAGUCGUCUGCGACGCCUGUGGUCUCGGGGUCUCAUACAACCCCAGCUCGGAAACUUUCAACGAGACGCGCGUUACGAUAUCUGGAUUAAACCCCGUCACCACGUAUCGCUUCCAAAUUUUCUCCGAGAACGGCGUCACCGUACAAUCGGGCGAGAAGGAUUACGCAGACAUCAGAGUCACAACAGAAGCCUCUGUGCCGUCAUCAGUCGCUAAUGUCAGAGCCACUGGUGUCAAGUCAACCGAGGUCUCAUUAGCAUGGGACGCACCUGAGGAUGAUCUGGCAGACAUCGAAAUGUUCGAGGUGCGCUAUUUUAUUAGGGGAGAGGCCAACAACAACGCUUCGGUGCAGAGCGUUGUCACUUCGGAUACGGCAAUUCCUUUCACAAACCUCAGGCAGAGGACGGAAUAUGGCUUCCAAGUCAGAGCGAAAACUACGCACGGUUGGGGAGAGUUCAGCCCGCCCGUCUUCAAGACCACUGGACAGGUUUUGGGCACCCCCUACGUCGGAGAGGAGGAUAACGUACAAAUGCGGAUUCUUGCCGGCGCAAUUGUGGGAACCGUCGUGGUCGUCGUCCUUGUCAUAGUGCUGGUCGUUCUCUUCUUCAAGAGCCGAGGUUCCGACGACUGCAACAAAAAGCAGCCGAGCGAUUGCGACACUUUGGAGUACAGAAACGGCGAAGUGCACUGCAAUUUGGACAGCCCUCCAAUUGUUACCACCCAUACAAACGGCAUGACAACUCCACUUUUCACCCAAGUCGGCGCCUCCCGCACUUACAUCGACCCCCACACCUACGAAGACCCGAACCAGGCCGUCCGCGAGUUUGCCCGCGAGAUCGACGCCUCGUGCAUCACCAUCGAGGCCAUCAUUGGCGGCGGCGAGUUCGGCGACGUCUGCAGAGGGAAACUGCGUCUGGCCGGUCGCGCCGAGUCGGACGUGGCUAUCAAGACUCUCAAACCAGGCAGCUCGGACAAGGCGCGCAUGGACUUCCUGACAGAAGCAAGCAUCAUGGGCCAGUUUGAGCACCCGAACGUCAUAUUCCUGCAGGGUGUGGUCACCAAAUCAAACCCUGUGAUGAUCAUCACCGAGUACAUGGAGAACGGUUCCCUGGACACAUUUUUAAGAGCAAACGACGGUCAAUUCCAAGUCCUGCAACUGGCAGGUAUGCUCCGUGGGAUUGCUGCUGGAAUGCAGUACUUGUCCGAAAUGAACUACGUUCACCGAGACUUAGCUGCCCGCAACGUUUUGGUCAACGCGCAGCUGGUUUGCAAAAUUGCCGACUUUGGUCUGAGCCGGGAAAUCGAGAGCACCACUGAAGGAGCUUAUACGACUAGGGGUGGAAAAAUUCCUGUGCGGUGGACGGCCCCAGAGGCAAUCGCCUUCCGGAAAUUCACCUCCGCGUCCGACGUUUGGAGCUUCGGCAUUGUGUGUUGGGAGGUCAUGUCAUAUGGAGAGCGGCCAUACUGGAACUGGAGUAACCAGGACGUCAUCAAGUCCAUUGAGAAGGGUUAUAGACUCCCUGCUCCGAUGGACUGUCCUGAGGCUGUGUAUCAGCUUAUGUUAGACUGCUGGCAAAAGGAGCGAACCCACAGACCAACAUUUGCCUCCAUUGUCAAAACGCUGGACAAACUCAUCCGCUGUCCAGACACCCUUCGCAAGAUUGCACAAAAUAGAACCGCCAACCCUUUGGCCGCGGACGCCCCCGACAUGACCCAGUUCACCAGUGUGGAAGAGUGGUUAUCCUCGAUAAAAAUGGCGCGCUACAUGGACAAUUUCCAGAGGGCUGGUAUUUGCAGUAUGGACGCAGUGGUGCGAUUGACAGUGAAAGAACUGACCGCGUUGGGCAUCACCCUAGUGGGUCACCAGAAGAAAAUUAUGAACAGUGUGCAAGCGAUGCGAGCGCAAAUUUCAGCCAACCUCUCCGAAGGCUUCCUCGUCUAGUGUGCAAAAAUUAACAGAAAUGAAGCAGAGGCGCGAUUUGUUUCUCUCGUAAAUAUUUGAAAUGGUUCCUGAUCUAAGCAUUAUAUAGAGGACUAUCAUAAAAAAUAAUUCAACAUCUGAAUUAAAAACAAGUGAACGGCAACUGUGUGGCGAAGAGACUCGACUUCGUGGAGGCGCAGAGAAUGUGAUGACGAAAGGUGUACAUAGUAUUGAGAAGAGAGACUCUCGGAAAGCUGCAUCUGCUAUUUUUGAAUGUGACCGUGAAUCUUUCGGUAGGAAAGAAGGACUCAAAUAUUGAUUAUCCGCUGUUCAAUAAUUCAUGGUGGUUCAAAUAUGUAUUGCUUUUUAGUCAGUCGGGCGUUUUCGACAAACAUUCCUCCCCGACGGGGGACGGAUUUAAGUAUAUUUGCAGCGACUUCAUUAGGUUUAUCACUUUGUUGAUUUGUGUAAAUUAAUUGAUUCUUCCGCUCGAAAGACUACCCCAAUGCGAAAUUUCGAAUUCAAAUCACCAAACUGCCAACGAGAAGAUUUUAUUUGCAUGGGAACAAUAAUAAUAAUAUUAUAUUAUAUGUAAUCUGUAAUUACAACGAGGACAUUUCAAACCCACAACUUAAUUGUGAAUUUAAACGGUCCUCGUUAUUGAUCAUUUUGAGCGUCGCGUAAUUAAUUAACUCUACACCAUUUUCUUAGCAUGGACUCUAGGGUGUAUUUUUUAAAUAGAUUCGAUCUGAUUUCCCAAAGACUUUUUGCAAAUAAAAUGGAGAUUUUAAUUUUUAGCGUUCGUAUGCGCGCCCUCCCUUUUGUCAAAAAGGUGUCAAAUCACUCGAGACCCGUCCCUACUUUAAUAUAAAUAGCGAGGGUGUGUGACUGCAAAAUCAAAUUCUCAAAAGUAAUGUCCAUGCCUGCGUGAACUUAAAUAAAUGUGCUGAGCAAGUGCUUCUAUCGUUUUUCUGCUGACAUAUCAAUGUUUUUGUGUACAAGUUUCGAUUGCACACUACUUUUCACGUGCAUCCAUAUAUAUGUGUUGAAUGAGUUGCGCAAGUGAGGAAAACAGACUACCAUGCCAGCCAUUCGAACAUUACAAGUUUUUACCUGAUUCCUCUCUUUUUUUUAAAUACUUUGCCAUCUCUUUUAUUUGCAACGACUAAAGCUUAAUGUAAUUUUAUCGCUUUUUUAUACUUUUCAAGUGGCCAAUAUUUGAACAUUUGACGCACCGAACAAACUCAAUACGAAAAAAAUACACACAUACAUUUGUACAGUUAUACAGUAGCAUACUACUUUACGUUUAUAAACUUGCAACCGAGCUAAUAAUUAUGUAUAAUUGAGCAUCAAAGAGACGUGCGGAGAAGAAAGAACCCUCUUAAUGCAUAUAAGGUUACUGCCGCCACUAUUUAAAAGAAUAUUAUAAUAUUUAUAUUAAAAGAAAACCCAGACGACCCGUGCAUUUGAGAAAAUAAAUCCAUUCACUCUUUGAUAGGGAUACUUAUAAAUGUCAAGUGUUACGACAUCUCAUAAAUAUUGCGUGUAUUGAUUACAACAGCUAUUUGCAAUGUGAUAAAAGCUCUAUACUUUUUAUUGAGAAAAAGCUGCAAAAAGAUAUGCAUCAGGGUUAUUUUUGACAACAGUGAAACGAAAGAGGACUUCUUGCAAUUCUAACCACAUAACUUGAUACACGUUACGAGAUUUAAGUAAAAUUAAAAACAAAAUGCUGUAAAUUUCCCGCUUUAUGAUGUUAUACGUGUGCAAUUCUGCGGCCAGGGGAGAUGCACCGAGAGGAACUUUCGACUUAAAAUCAUUCAGCCCAAAGGAACGAAAUCUUUGGCGUUGGGUUAGUGAUUUUUAAGUUCCUCGGAGCAUCUCUUUUCGGUCGUGAAAAAUUACUUUGCAGUCACAAAAUGAGACAAAAGUUUGAGCGAAUGACAAGUUUCUCGCUGGAUUUCACCGAGAAUGCAAAUUAUUAUAAUCUUAAUUGACAGGAAAAAAAACACACACACUACAUAUUUAUAAACAUUCCUUUGUUUGACAGCGCAAUUUUGAUUUUCUCAACGGUAUCAACAGGUUCCUAACUGAAAUAAUCAAGACAUUGACACAAACCUUGGUUGCAUUUUUCUAUAAUUUACAGCGAGUUCUACUUUUUCACUACUUUUUUUACAGGAUACAAUAACUCACUAAAUAAUUCUGCAUUUCUGAAACAAGAUUAAAUCAGAUUCUUAUACUGUCAAGUCUCUUGAUUAGCCUCUACUGCUGCCAUAUUAAUGUAACUGCAUAAAAUGACACGUCCGUAAAGAAUUAUAACAAAGCAAAACACUGGGUUAAUUUUUAUACCGAACUACAACCAAUUAACAUCAAAUUGUGCUCGCGUUUGUACAUUUUCAAUUACAGGCAAAUACAUACACGUUUUUCUCUCUCAAUUUCUUCCGCGGAUAUGAUUUCCAAGGUUAGUGUUUCGAAGCGAGUUACAGAUAAAUGAUUAAAAAUAACCGUUCAAUAAGAUUCUGGAGAAACGAGCUUUUGAGUAUAUAAGUAAGAUGAUGAGUUAGAUAAUUAUUUCAAAUGGUGAAUAUAAGUAUAUAUACUUGCUUAUCGAAACGAAAAAUUAAUUUCUUUGCUGUUGUGAACAAUUUGAAUGAUGCAUUUAAUUAAAUUUUUGUAAAAAGAACAAGAAAAUCCUCAAUCGACUCGGCCGCAGUUUGGCCGGUCGAUUAUAAAAGAUGCAAUAGCCCACUGCACUGAUGUUCCUUUUAAAUAAUAAUGAAAAUGAUUAGGUGUUACAAUAUCGACGAUACGGAAAAAAUUAUAUUCUUCAGCAAAGCAAUUAAUUUUAUUUUUGUCGCCCGGGCUGCCCAAACUGUCGGGGCAGUGUUUGGAACAGGCCUAUACAAAGACAAGCAAUAAUCAGCGUUUUUAUGACGAAAGAGAAAUCGCGAACUAAGUGUGGAGAGGAGAAAUAAAUAAAAUAAAUGGUCUCGUGUUAUUUGAGAAUUGAAACAAAAGUAAUGAAAAGCAAAUCAAAUCUACUUGUUAAUGUAUUCGGCAAUUGUUUAGUUAAUCUUCAUUUUUUUAGUAAAAAUCGACGAUUAACCAGGAUGGCAAAUUUGGAAUCUUCUCUUUGAUCUGUGAUUUAUGUAAAAAGUAUUGAUUAAAAUAUUGAAAGCGAAAAUUUUUGUUAUGACGCGCAGGAGAUUGUAUUUUAAAUUAUUUAUUUCAUUUUGAACGAUGGAAUGUAUCUGCAUGUUUUAAGAGGAAAAGAAACGGAAAUUAUCGAAGAUUUUAGGAAGAAAAAAAAACAAACGAAACUGAUUAUUUGUAUAACACAUUUGAUUGAGGCAUAAUGAGCGAGCAGAGAAAAAGUUAAGGAUCAUGUUUUUUAUGCAUUAGUUGAUGUAAAAUAUGUAUGAUAUUUGUAAAGAUGACAAAAACAAAAAUGCAUUGGUUUGUAUGUGAUGAAACUAA